CGUAUUUCUCUAUCACCAGGCCCAAUCUUGGCGCAGUGUGCGCGGCUUCUGUUUGUGCUGUUGUUAAUACACUCUGAUAAUAGAUGAUGAUCGCUGUGGCCUUUCCCGUUGUAUCGAGUGAUCUACCGGAGGAUGCAACCCAGUUCUGGCCUCUACUGACUCUACGCGACUGUUCUGCACGAAGCCAGGCCACAGAACACUUAUAACCCUUGUAACCAAACCAGGCAUAAGCAAGCCAGGCCGUACGAAGCGGUGUUCUUUUGGCGCUGUAUAUGUUCGUGUGCUAAAUUAAUUUAUUCUUGCUGUUUGUGAUCCGCUCGUCAACGCCUACUCGACAUGAAGCAGAAGACUGGAACUGGAGUCGCACUUCCCAACGCACCAAAGAGAUUCCGAUGCACCGUGGGCAGUUGCUGUUCGAUGGAUGGACAAGCCAAGCUGUUUUCAUCGCAGAAGCUCCUUAACCAGCACUUUUUCAAGGUUCACGCCGAAAAGAAGUAUUCGUGUUCCAAAUGUGGGAAGAAAUUCGGAGCUGACUGGCUGUCUAAACACCAUGAGGCUACUUGCGGAAUAUCCUGGCUUUGCUCGUGUGGGGCAAGCUACCAGAACAGGGAAGCCCUUCUAACACAUGCGAGGCGACGCUCUCACGCACUGCCAUUUGAACGAAAGCGAGGCGAUGCGUGCAAGCAAAAAACAGCCCAUGCCCAGCCAUUGCAAACAAUUAUCCUCCCAGUGGCUACUCAAGUGAUUGUAGUUAUCCCGGACCCGAAUGAGAAGACUACUGGUUCAAAUGAUCAGAACACUACAAAAGCGCCUUCACAAUGGCGAAGCAUUGUUCCCAAGUCAAAUCAUCUCAGUGAUUUGCCUUCCUGUGGACUAGACACCAAUGCUGGAGUCUUAUCUGUAGAGAAAGUGCAUCAAAGUUCCCAAACCACUGUGUCAUGCAGGUGCAAGCGCACAAAGGAUUCAUGUAUUCAAGCUUGCGGUAACGAUGGUUCUAGGAGGGAUGCAUCUGAGCUUGUUAACCUUCCACCUAAGGCUUGCAAGCGCUCCAGAGCCAUGAAAACAACUGUGCACACACAAACCUGCGACUCUGGUGUUCAACUUGGGAAUGUGCAGCCCUUGCUGUCCAGAGGGGUGAACAAGAAAAUGCAUCAGGGCUGCAGCAUCCAAACUCAGACAACUGAAAGUGUUUUUAUGGAUAAGGCCCAAAAGGCACGUGGGAAGAGUCCCUGUUUGAGGCAAGAGCCCGACAAAUUGGACAAGGAAAUUGCCACAAGCGAACUGUUAUGUGACUUUGACCAGCUACUGUUCAAUGGUUGUACAGCUCCCACCAAGGAGUGGAUGGACUUUUUCUCCAGGAGUUCUUCGUCUACGCAAACUCUUGAGUCUGAUGCACUUCUCAAAGACCUGAGUAGCUCUUAUUCACCUUCCCGCUCCCUCUUCUUAGAUGGGCCAAGGCAAAAUUUUCCUCAAAUGGGGCUCCCAGACGUCCCACUUCAGCAGCAUUGGAGCAUAAUUUCAGAAAAACCAACUAUGAUGCCCGAUUUAGGUCCAAUCUGCGAGUCUGUGGAGACUAAUUGCUUGGAGGACAGCUUGCGGGAGGUCAGUCGCAUCCUGUCGUCUCAGACACAGACAGACAAUCAUUUUGAUAGCCUCCUUAUUGAAAACAUGCAACAAACCGCAGCUCAAACAGAUUUUCCGCCUUCUUCGCACACUGAGACGCAAACUAAUGAAGAUGUAUCCUUUGAGGGCACAGAUGUAUUGCAUAUGGAAACCCAGACAUCGGGGUUUUUGUUUUGUGACUUUGAGAGUGUCGAUAUUGAGACACAGACACCAUGGAACAAUAUAGACUUCAAUUUAGAUGACUUUGUGGUCGACUCGAGUUUUACUGAGAAAAAGGAUGCAGAAUCUCAGAUUGAGUACCAUCAGUUUCUCUCCUCAUGGCCUUGCCUGAAAAUGCCAGAUGAGGAGAGCUUCAAGUACUCCAACAACAUGCACACCCAGACUGGUGGACUGAUAUAAUUUAAAAACUUCAAGUGCACUCAAUGAACUGUGACCAUGCUCUUUGUUGUUGCUGGGUCCCGAGACCAUAUCUUCUUUCUGGGAGCAGUACAGUAGUGAGGCCAAGCCAAACAGUGACGUGAACGAGCAUUUUCCUUAACCAUUUUAAACUGUAGCACAAGUCCGAGCACAAGAGAAGAGCCACCUACAUGGUUUUCUCUUGGGCACCGUUUUCCAUGUGGUACAGAUUAAAGUGGUUAACAUGUACUGCGUUGCCCAGUUUUCUCUUUUGCUUAAAAACAUUUUCUUAGCUUUAAGGCUGAAAUAUAGGCCGAGGUAUGUAACGCCAAGGGGGGCAAGUGAUCACAUUAAGGGCAAAUCAGCAAGCAUUGCACAUGGCUGCUCGCCUGCGUCAGCGUGCUUCAGUUCGCUUUGCUAAACAGGUUCACUAUAAUAGCCCUCCACAUCAAGCACUGGUGAUGCUUCCUGCACACGGCGAACCUUUUCUAGCGCCAGUACUUGCUGUGACAAAGCAUUUUAGGCGGUCGCUUGGACAUCGCUCCAGUAGGUGGUUGAACGCCCCCAAAGUAUGCAGACCUAGUGACUCCUUGGUGAGGGCUAGUUGGUUCAUUUCCCUACUAAACCUGAAACAGCACAAGGAUAUGCAUAUGAACAGAAACUUCGUCUCUGGUGUCUGUUUCUCUGAUUUUCUACAGGCUCGCUGUUUCAGUUUCGUAUAAAUAGCAUUAUUCAAGUAUAUAGGUUAUACCAUGGUCACUACAGUCGCCGUUUACAUGCGACUUCGGCUUAAAUCUUGAGAAACGGCUAAUGGUAGAGGCUAGCGCCUUCACUUUUCAGUUAUCUGCAGUUUUGUCGGUUACAUUCCUUAAAAAAAAAAACAUAAAUCCAUGCAGAAACUCCCGUGAGUGUUGUCCAAGUGAUGCGUAAGCGUAGAGUUUUAUUGUAGAAAACUGCGUGGCCGCUGCCUUCCCUGGAACGUUGUUGUUGUGCGGCGUGGCACAGAGUCUUUCCUCUUUCUAGCGCUCGUCAGAGUCGAACGUCCCCGCGGAACGUGCAUCCCGCUACCACCGAAACACGUGUUUAGCAUCGGAUUUUCGCAGUCGGAAUUUUCCUUACGUGUACAAUCUUCCAUAACGGCUUCACAUCUUGUCCUAGAGAGGGUUGUUAUUCCACCGCCACAGAAUGUUUCAACGAAGCCUUCAUAGAAAUUGUUCUCCUUUUUAGUUUAAUUUGUACCGCCUGUACAACGUGUUCAUAUCGUUCAGAUAUAUUCAAACUUCGCGAGCGCCAAGAAUUUUUUUUUGUACAUUUAUUUCUUUGUGGGGAUUCGCCUUACGUAACAGAGGGACGGACGGACGGUUUUCUCAAUGAGUCGGCAUCAGUUAAAACAGAAAGAGCUCGGGGAGGCCGCAUACAUGAGGUUUACGCACUAGCCGUGACUCUUUGGCUCGAACACGUGGCACUGACUGACCCAUUUGACUCAUUUCGAUGAGUACCAGAAACAUUUUUGUCGGGCAAGUACGCGCGACUAAAGCCCCUCUACCUAAAGUAGCGGGCAUUAUAGGUGCGACUGGUACUUUCGUGGCAGUUGUGGAGUCACCGCGCAGACGAAAGGGCGUAAAUACACGUUUUGAGA